AUGUAUAAGCGCCUUGAAUGCAUAAGUGCUGAUAUGGACUCGGAGCGGUUGCAAAGCAUGGACGAGUAUGCUUUAGCGGCAAUAAUUGACUCAGUUAACGAACUGAAAUCGAAUUUCUUGGCUGCACACACAAGCUUGGAGGAGCAUGACUUUGAAUCUAUAGGAAGUGAUUUACUUACACAAUUUGAUACGAAUUUGGUUCAGUUGAAAGCUACCCUACAACGUGAAAUUGGAAAGCGUAGCGCUUCUCAACAUUGUUCCACAUUCAAGAUGAACAGCAAUGAAUUCCAGCCUAUUAUAGUGAAUACUAAUCGUUCUCGUUUGCCUCAAUUAACGUUGCCGAAAUUCAGUGGAUGUUAUAUAGAGUGGACAAAUUUCUAUUCGAUGUUCACAUCAGUCAUCGAUAAGGACAGCGACCUAAGCGAUGUGGACAAAUUGCAACAUUUGCGUUCCUGCUUGAGUGGUGCUGCUCUUGACACCAUACGAUCGUUGGAAAUAAAUGAGGCUAUUUAUAAAAUCGCAUUAGAUCUUCUCAUUAAACGAUUUGAUAAUAAACGUCUUAUUUUUCAGGCACAUAUCAGGGAGAUUUUCGGGAUGGACAAAGCAGAUGGUACUGUCAGCAAGCUGCGAGCGUUGUUGGACAAGGUCAACUCGCAUAUAUGUGCGUUGCAGUCACUUGGCUCCAAAGAGCAAAUAGCGGACUGCAUAGUGGUACAGUUUUUAACUCAAAAGUUGGACAAAGUAACUCAAGCAAAAUGGGAAGAAAGUUGGUCAAUAAACGAGUUACCAUCGUGGGAAUCAUUAGCUGCAUUUUUAGAACAUCGAUGUCGUACCCUCGAAAACGUGGAGCAUGCAUUACAAACCCAAGCUGAAACAUUUGGUAAAUCCGGAAAAACUGUGAGUACACAUCAAAGAAAAUCCUUUGUUGCUUCAAAUAGCUUACUGGGUGUUUGCGCAUUUUGUGGAAAUACUGAACAUUUGAUUUAUAAUUGCCAAAAGUUUUUAAAUCUUUCGCCUAAUAUUCGUCAGAAAGAAGUUAAGAAACUUUUACUAUGUCUAAACUGUUUAAAGAAAGGCCAUCAGAUGCGAGACUGCAAAUCUAGUAAUUGUCGAAAAUGUCAUUCAAAGCAUCACACGCUUUUACAUUUUAAUCGUUUACCAUCAGCUAAUAGUAACGAUGUACCAUUAAUAUCGAACUCUGUCCAAGCUAAUGCCAUGACUGCAACGCUGCCAACGCAGCCUGACAUCUCUGCUUCCCGAUCUCCAUCUGAUGUUGUGCUUUUAGCUACAGCAAUCGUUUUAGUAAAGAAUCGUGCCGGAACUUUCGUACCUUGUCGCUCACUUUUGGACUCUGGCUCACAGAUUCAUUUCGUCACAAGUCGCUUCGCAAACCAACUUCAACUGCCUAAAUCUAAAUCCUUCGCUUCGGUUUCUGGAAUUGGAGAUGCCAAUUUUCCAACAGACGGAUGCUCAGUUAAUCUCGUACUAAAGUCGCGGACUUCAGAUUACUCAACAAACAUUACUGCUCUUGUCGCUUAA